UUGCACUGGUAGCCAAGAAACCAAAAGAAAUGAGAAUAUGAAAAAGCCGAAAAAGAAGAAGCAAAGCUUCACUUCCACAGCUUGUAAAGCUCGUGCAAAUUGGCCUACAAAAACCCCUGACCAUAACACCAUCCUUGUCACAUCUAAACUGGGAUUUCAGAUUCUGGGUGAAAGACACAUCACUUGCUCUAAAUCUCUUUCAUCAUUUUUCAAUGGCUUACACCACUUGCAAAGACAAUGUCUUCCAUAUUCUGGGGCUCUUGUGUUUCUUGCUCUUGAUACAGAAGAACAAUGCAUAUCCAUUCCCGGUUGGAGGUCCGAAAGGUUGGACCGUGCCUGAUAAUACCAGCUCAAAGAGCUACUUCAACGACUGGGCUGAACGUCACCGAUUUCAGAGAGGAGACUCCAUCUUGUUUGUUUAUGAUGCUAGCCAAGACUCGGUUGUUCAAGUAACCAAGGAGGGCUACGAGAAUUGCACUGCAGAGAAGCCUUUGGCAACAUUCAAUGACGGCCACACUGUCUUCAAAUUCAAUCAAUCUGGACCUCACUACUUCAUCAGUGGAAACAGAGAUCACUGUCAAAAGAAUGAGAAGUUGGCGGUCGUUGUUUUAGCAGACAGAUCAACAAACGCCACAGCUUCUCCUCCAUCUCCAGGUUCCUCUGACAUGGUCCCAGCUCCUACACCUAGCAGCGAGGAGUCUCCCCCUGCAGGAACAGUGGAUAUCAACCCAACUCCACCUCCUACCGGCGCGCCUCCAAACUCAGCUUCUUCCAUGUUCGUGAGUUUCUUUGGUUCCAUGGGAGCGUUCUUUGCUUCAUCACUUAUUUUAGCAAUCUAGGUGGAGAAUUACUCGAAUAAUUGUUUGAUUUCCUUCUUUUUGGCUGCUUUCCAUUUUUUUUCCCCUGGCUUUCUCAAUGAUUUUCCUGCCUUCGAGCUCGGUGAUUUCAACUGGGAGUUUCGAAGGUGUAUUGGUAUUCGGAUAUUCGUUUGUCCUGGAUGGUAAAUAAGCUGGCAAUUUAUGGUGUGCUUAUUGCUUCAUGUAAGGUUAUUGUAUAGAAGGAAAUAAUAAAUAAAUAAAACAAAAUAAAUUUGUUACUUCUGUUUA